GGGAAACGUUGAAGUUUUUGUUAAAUAUGUUGACAUCUUAUGUUUUGAAUAAAGUUAGAAUGCCGAAGGCAAAAACCCCGGAAUCCCCUGCCCAUGCUCCGGUGAGACCCUGUUAAUUGUCUAAGAAAUCUAUCUUGUGUCCACUGGGCUGGACCAUCUGCUGGGAAAGGUUCCAGAACCUCAGGAUGCCUUGGGGUUCAUCUGCUUCCAGAAGCAGCUAGGAGGGGUCUUGGUAUCCUUGAGGUCUAUCUGCUGUGCUCUGCUCAGAUCUAUGGCCUCCACAACUGUGAAGCCAAAGAAUGACCUUGAACUUUGAGUGGGACAGCAGUGAAGGAGGGAGCUGUUCGUGUGGAAGUCUAGGGGAAGAGAGAAACGGUGAGCAUGUCUCUGACAAACCAGUCCAUAGAAGGCCUUUCCCCAGAGGCCUCCAACAGAUCCCUGAAUGCUACAGGGGCUUGGGACCCACAGGUCCUGCAGGCACUCAAAAUCUCCCUCGUGGUGGUCCUGUCCAUCAUCACACUGGCCACUGUCCUCUCCAAUGCCUUUGUACUCACCACGAUCUUACUCACCAAGAAGCUCCACACCCCAGCCAAUUAUCUCAUUGGCUCCUUGGCCACCACGGACCUCCUGGUGUCUAUCUUGGUCAUGCCCAUCAGUAUUGCCUAUACCACCACCCGCACCUGGAACUUUGGCCAAAUCAUGUGUGAUAUCUGGGUGUCUUCUGACAUCACAUGCUGCACGGCCUCCAUCUUGCAUCUCUGUGUCAUCGCCCUGGACAGAUACUGGGCCAUCACCGACGCCCUGGAGUACAGCAAGCGCAGGACAGCAGGCCACGCGGCAGCCAUGAUUGCGGCAGUCUGGGCCAUCUCCAUCUGCAUCUCCAUCCCACCGCUCUUCUGGCGUCAGGCCACAGCUCACGAGGAGAUGUCCGACUGCCUGGUGAACACGUCUCAGAUCUCCUACACCAUCUACUCCACCUGUGGGGCCUUCUACAUCCCGUCCAUCUUGCUCAUCAUCCUGUACGGCCGCAUAUACGUGGCCGCCCGGAGUCGGAUCCUGAACCCACCCUCCCUCUACGGGAAGCGCUUCACCACCGCACAGCUCAUCACCGGCUCCUCGGGGUCUUCACUCUGCUCGCUCAACCCCAGCCUCCACGAGAGCCACACGCACACCGCCGGCUCCCCCGUCUUUUUCAACCAAGUGAAAAUCAAGCUCGCUGAUAGCAUCCUAGAACGCAAGAGGAUCUCCGCAGCUCGAGAAAAGAAAGCCACUAAGACGUUGGGCAUCAUCCUCGGGGCCUUCAUCAUCUGCUGGCUGCCUUUCUUCGUGGUGUCCCUGGUCCUCCCCAUCUGCAGGGCCUCCUGUUGGAUCCACCCGGCUCUCUUUGACUUCUUCACGUGGCUGGGUUAUUUAAACUCCCUCAUCAACCCCAUCAUCUACACCGUGUUCAAUGAGGACUUUAGACAAGCAUUUCAAAAAGUUGUCCAUUUCCGGAAAGCCUCCUAG